UCGCAUUGUAAACUCGAACAUCGCGCGUAAAUCUUAUCGCUUAUCACAACAAAGUAUGACACAUAAAAUUACCUCAAGACUCAAGAUAAAGGACACUCGAGCGAUAAGCAUCGCGGACUGAUUUCAUUCAAUUCUCACUAUUUGUUACCCAUUCCCAAAAUAGCGGAUAUUUCUUGAGAAUGUUGACGAUUUUGUUAUCUAUUUGAUUGGUGCGUUUAUGUGAUCAAAAGACAAUUUCCUCAGUGACACAAAGUAUCAAUAUGUAUAAACUAGUGCUAGCAUUUUUGUUAAUUAUAAAUUGUGUAGACUGUAAUCCUUGUACAAGGGUGGAGAGUAUAGACAUAACGACUGCAGAAGUGUUUGCAAAUGGUUCUAUAGUCCAUAAUGGUAUUGAAUAUUCGCAAAGUGUGUGGUAUGAAGUGAAGGAGAACGGAGAGAAGUUACGUUUUGGAUGUCCAUGUAUUGGGAGAACAUGUUUAUGGAAGUGCUGUAACCUUGGCGAAAUGUACGUGAACAGGAACUGUACUAGCAGUGAUUCGCCUGAAGUCAACCCGUUUUCCCCAUCGGUCUACACGGGCACGGAGAAAAUGAAUGUGGAGGCCAAAGAUCAUUUCUUCUACAUGACCAAUCGUGUUUGCGAUGAGCGAUACCUUGUGGAUACGUUGGUUGCUAAUGAAGCUUUGUUCAUUCAGAAGAAUGGCACUCUUAUGGAAAUAACAGACAAUCGCUCACAAUGGCAUUUACCAGGAUCGUAUUGCGUAGACGUUCUCACGAACUUCGGUACCGACGAAAGCCCCGUGAACCCGCGCCCAAUGGCCCUGGUUUGCUACCCUGAUGAAACUAAUGAAGACAGUGCUUUACUUCAUAUUGUUUAUGCUGUUGGACUAAUAUUAUCAGUGCCGUUCCUACUAGCAACGUUUCUCGUAUACGCUAUGAUUCCCGAGUUGAGGAACCUACACGGCAUGUGUUUGAUGGCGUACUGCGCUGGUUUGAUCGUGGCUUACCCAAUGCUUGCGUUUCUCAAGUUGAAUGUCGGACAAAUCACCGUAUCUGAAGGAGUUUGUCUGAGUUUUGCUUUCAUCAUCUACUAUGCGUUUCAGACAAGUUUCUUCUGGCUUAACGUCAUGUGCUUCGACAUCUGGAGGACUUUUAGCGGCUACCGCGGCGGGAGCAUGAACAAGCGGCGCGAUUGCAAUCGGUUCGUGCUGUACGGAAUGUACGCGUGGGGGGUGCCCGUGGUUCUCACAUCUGUCACCAUCGCCAUGCAGUUCAGCGAGCUGCCGCCGAACAUCAUCACACCAGGAUUCGGUGUUAGGCGCUGUUGGUUUGUUGAAUGGAUAGCAGAGCUGGCGUACUUCUUCACGCCAAUUUUGGCAUUGGUGGUUUGCAACGGGGUGCUGUUCUCGGUGACGGCGCAUCGAAUCCGCUCCAUCCGCCAAGAGACGGCGAUUCUGAAGGGUGCGGAGUCCUCACGCAGCGACAAACUGAAGCGGGAUAAACAGAGAUACGGCCUGUACCUGAAGCUAUUCAUCGUGAUGGGUAUCAACUGGAUGGUAGAAGUGAUCGGCUUCGCGGCUGGAGGCUCUAACUGGUACUGGAUCAUCAUAGACCUCUCCAACAUCUCACUCGGGGUGUUUAUAUUCUUCAUCUUCGUGUGGAAAAACAAAGUUCGCAAUCUCGUGCGAAAGAAGUUCGCGAAGUGGCGUGGCGAACCUGUCGAGGGUCGCACGGCAUUCUCUGACUCCAGCACCGGUCGGUGGGCCACACGAUCCAGCUCGGCCCCUACGGAAGUCACCAGAGUUUCCGCUGACGAGGCUGCUAUUCGGCUUAAGGAUAUUAACUGAUUUAGUUGGCACGGAUACCUAUGACACGAAGCCAAAGACUCCUCAAGGCGUGUGAAAACCCCACGUAUAUGUAAUUGUCACUUUUGUAUUGCUAUUCAACUUCAAAUUAUUUGAAUAUUUCAUAACUUUUUUGCCUGAUGGGCUUAUUGCAAAAGCGCGCAGACUAAAAAUUGGCCUGCAGCAGGGCGUGACAGUCAUGUAACUAUCGGUGUGACAUAUUCGAAAAAUGCUAAAUAUUUAUAGCUCCUUAAAAGUUUUAGUUUCUAUAAAAAAGGUUGGUAGAGCUCUUUGUAAUCUGCUUAUGAAAUGCCUCCAAGAAUGAUAAGGCAAUGUGAACCUAAGUGGUUUCAUGUGCUAACUCGCGAGGGAUAUAAUUAUUAAAAUUCCUUAUGAAGGAAGCCCCCCCCCCCCCCACACACAAGCGUCUUUCGAGCGUCAGCGUCUUGCCAACGCACGAACAGUGUCGUCGGCGCGUGCGUGCGGUCACAAGAUGUUCACGCUCGAAAGACGUCCACGUCUCGUAGACGUGGGGAUCUCUAAAAUGUGCAUUUAUAGGUACAUAUUGAAUUUAGAUAUCCAAUGUACGAGUGAAAAAUUUAUUUACAAUUCCGCAAUAUAAAUAUAGACUUUAAUCCCACCUCGAAGUACAGCACGACUGAAUCUUUUAGAUUUAUAUUCAGUUUAGUCUGUUCAAUUAUCGCACGCUAAAGCACGGUGAAGAAUAACGUCAUGAAGAAUCAUGUUAUCAAUCAGUUUCUAGUCUUCGAAGACGUGUGAAAUCCUUAAUCUACAUAAUAUAUCGAGUCUACAUAUGCCACUGUGCAACGAAUAUGGAUUAGUACUUAAUCGUGACAACCAGGGAUAGAUCUAACUUGUCGGCUUGAGAAUUCUACAAUUCCUUGUUUUGUUGCUUAGUUUUUAUUAAUCUUUAGAUACCUCUUUUGUAGGAAGUGAUGUUCCUAUUAUAGUUAGAUUAUAGAUACCUACUCUAUACUUGAAUGAAAUUGUG